CUCCUCUGAAUGGCUCACAGUCGACCUAUAGCUCUGCCUGAUGGGCUGUUUUCCUCCCGUCCUUUUGACUCCCUGUCUGCUGCCCGGAGCUUUGUUUCGUAACAUGGUGUCUGUUGUCGCUUCGCUUUGGUCGGUUUAGAACUUGACAAAGACUUUGAGAGAAGAAGUCUAUUCGUUUGUGGCUGGAAUUGAAUAUCGACGCAGAGAAUCUUCUUCCUGUGCUGAGGUGAUCGACCCUGGCAGCUGUUUGUGGGCAGGGUGGGUCCAGACAGCUGAGCAGGUAUCAGCCAACGAUCUCUGCCCCCCGGGACUCCCAAAGCAGUCAUGAGCUCCAGCUUGGUCAACUCCUUAGCAAAGGUCUACGACCCCAACCCGCUGCACGGUCAGAAACUAGGGCUGGCACGAAAGCUAUCCACAGCUGGAUCGGACCGGAUCCGUACCGCCUCUCCCACGUCCUCCUCUUCUUCUUCUUCUGCUUCCUAUUCCUCCCCCGGGCCGGCCAUGCGCUGUGUUGAGAGUCGCAUGGACUCCCUCAACUCUCAGAUGGAGCAGCUGCUCCACAUGCAACACACAGUCCUGACCCGGCUGGACGGCCUGUCCCACACCCUGGGGGACAUGGGUCAAGACCUUGCCUCGAUGCGGGCGGCUGGGGCGGAGGGCCGUGGGCAAGGGGCCCAGGACUCAGAAGUGCUGGAAGUGUGUUUGGACGUGCGAGGGAUGGUGCAGGAGACCAACAGGCGGAUGGAGUGCCAGGCACUUAAGCUGGAAGGGGUGGAGAAGCUGGUGGAGGGCAUGCAGCAGGUGCUCAGCUUCAUUGGGGAGGUGGUGAAGAAAUCUAGGCUUGCGGAAGUGCUGUUUAAACAGUCUGGCAAGAGGGCCAGGAAGAAGACUAAGGACAACAAGGCAAAGGAUGAGAAGGAGAAAGCCAAGCUCAGCCCCACCGCCUUGAAGGCUCUGAAGAAGAGAGGCCACAUAGACCCACCCCCCCUCAUUCAUUCUGAACUCCAGGAAAACGUGGACAGGCUCAACCGACAGAAUGCUGAACGUACCCACUGCAACGCGGGGGCCGAGGGCCAACAAGGGGGAGGAGGAGGAGGUGGAGGAGAAGGCCAGACGGUGGGAUUUACACUGUCCGGACCACACACCAUUGAAGCCCAAUCAGAGGACGAAGAGAAAGAGAACUCAGUGGAGGAAGAAGAGGAGGAUGUGUUGGAGGUGUCUAGGGAGUCGGAGGUGGAGGUGAAAUUGGAAGAGCCGAUUGGACGGGAGCAGAAGAGAACAAACCCAGAUAAAGCAACCUCAGAGUCACAAGAGGUACUCGGUGUCCUUCUAGUGGUUACCAGUCAAACCAGUGAGACGGCCGUCCCGCCUCUGGAAAGCUCUGAGGAGCCAGGAGAGAUGGCCGCCUGCAGCAAGCGCCGCGUCACCGAGGAAGACGUGGUGAAGGAGGACCUGAAGAAAAGCCGCGUGGACCAGAGGGAGGAGGAAGGAUCCACCGAGGGAGACGGGGACGAGGACCGGGUCGGCCCGCUGUCUGCUGCGUCUGGGCCGGACGAGGGGAAGACAGAUGUGGAAGAAGAUGGGGCAGAAGGGUCAGAGGCCACCGUGUCAGAAUACACGAUUGACUCCAGCCCCCCACCAUCGGCCCCCUUCGACCACCGCAUUGUGACCCCCAAACCCCAACAGAUCUCCACGUUCUACACCAUCAACAGAGAGGAAGUCCUGGGAGGGGGAAGAUUCGGACAAGUCCACAAAUGUAUGGAGAAUUCCUCUGGUCUCACAUUGGCUGCUAAGAUCAUUAAAGCCAGGAGCCAGAAAGAGAAGGAUGUGGUUAAGAAUGAGAUCCAAGUGAUGAAUCAGCUGAACCACGUCAAUCUCAUCCAGCUCCACGCUGCAUAUGAGUCACGCCAUGACAUCAUUCUGGUAAUGGAAUAUGUGGACGGUGGGGAGCUUUUUGAUCGCAUUAUCGAUGAGAACUACAACCUAACAGAGCUGGACACUGUGCUGUUCAUACGGCAGAUUUGUGAGGGUCUGCAGUACAUGCACAAGAUGUAUAUCCUUCACCUGGACCUCAAGCCAGAGAACAUUCUGUGUGUCAGCAGAGUAACAAAUAAGAUUAAAAUCAUUGACUUCGGUCUUGCCAGGAGGUACAAACCAAGGGAGAAGCUGAGGGUGAAUUUUGGUACCCCUGAAUUUCUGGCCCCUGAGGUCAUCAACUAUGAAUUUGUUUCAUUCCCCACGGAUCUGUGGAGUCUGGGGGUUAUAACUUACAUGCUGCUGAGCGGCCUCUCUCCGUUCCUGGGAGACGAUGACAACGAAACCCUGAACAACAUCCUGGCGUGCCAGUGGAACUUCGAGGAGGAGGAGUUCCUGGAUGUGUCCGAGGAAGCCAAGGACUUCAUCACCCGGCUGCUGGUGAAGAGUAAGAGCUGGAGGAUGAGCGCCACCGCGUCUCUCAAGCACCCCUGGCUGUGUGACCCCGGCCUGCACUAUCGGCUCCAGCAGAAGAAACUCAAGUGUGAUUCUACAACCGCCCCCCCUCCGGAGAGCUAGGAGAUGAUAUCUGAUGAUAGGUCGAGGCUCCGGGGCCCCAAAACUGGACCAAUGCUGCUGAACCUGUUUCCUACCACCACUUUACUCUCUGCUUCACACCCAGGAACCAUUUCCCCCAAACAGUUCGUAGUUCUUUCUCACAGAAUGUAUCCCACGCUGUUCAAGUCACGUGUACCACUGUCCUACUGGAGAGACAACCUCUACCUCUUAGGUCCAGCUCCAUUUCACUACGCCAAGACUACUUUUCUGUGUUUGUAGAUGGUUCUUGGUUCAUGCCGUUCCCACUUAUCACCUUAAAGAAUGCAGAAUGUGCUCUGCACUAGUCAUCAUUUUGUAUAAUUAAAAAGUCCUUCUUCAAAGCAAAUCACUGUGAUAGGAGACAAAGAUAAAAUUGACAAAUAUAAUGUCACGUAGGUUGGGGUAAAUUGCUAAUCCUUUCUUUGAUAAAAGCAACUAUUGCUUUUACAUAGCAUAUCUGUCUGUUGCAUGCUUUGCACUUUAUGCUAUAUUUUUCUGAGAUGUAACAAAUUACUUUGAACAAGGAAUUUUGUUGAUGUAAAUUAUCAAUAAUUGUGAACAUUAGAUUAGAUCUACUUGGCAAGUCUUAUGAAUAGAUUUUAUUUUCCUGGUAUGCAUGAGAUAAAACCCAUUCUGGCCUUCAAUCCACAGAGGACAUCCCAUACUUCACACAAAUAACAGGAUGCUUCCCUUUGUCCCAGCCCGGUGGGGUGCUUGCCUUUGAUGAAGUUUUAUCCUGGCCUACGCUACCUUCUGUGUUUUCUAAUGUGCCACUUGCUUGCUGUGUCUUUGGCCAUUUUGAGUCCUACUUUCACCUUCCAUGAAGGCAUGACAAACAACUAAUGUUGGUUCUUAUAUGAUUUAUAUGGUAGGUAUAGUAUAAAUAUAUAUAUAUAUAUAUAUAUAUAUAUAUAUAUAUAUAUAUAUAUAUAUAUAUAUAUAUAUAUAAUCUUAUGUCCAUGUAUUAUACAUAUUAUAUAUGGUAUGCAUAGAAUAGUGUACCCGUUCAAUACCGGACUGAACUUGAAGAUGCUGUUUUAUUCACGGGAGCUUACUUUUUCAGGAUUUCCAAAUUCAUCUGCAUAGUUAUUUAAACCACAUACGGUUCGGUUGUGCAGCGAGAAAACAGUGACAAGAAGGGAAAUUUUUCAACAUAAAAGUGCAACAUUGUUUGAAAUCAAUAGGUGCCUAGCCAUUGAUGUGGCCUACGAUAUGUUGAGUAUCCUUUUACCCUUUUGAACCUAAUGGAUAAGCUUGGGAUUUUUGCUAUACUUGAUUAUUUUGAUUUUUAUCUUUUUUUUCAAGUUUGUUUGUGUAACACAAUUAGAGAACAUGCGUUUUUAAAUGUGAAAUAAAUAUAUAUACAACACAA